AUGCCCGGGGGAAAGAGAGGGCUGGUGGCACCGCAGAACACUUUCCUGGAGAACAUUGUCCGGCGUUCGAGCGAGACCAGCUUCCUCCUGGGAAACGCCCAGAUCGUGGAGUGGCCCGUAGUUUACAGCAAUGACGGAUUCUGCAAGCUGUCAGGCUUCCACCGGGCCGAGGUCAUGCAGAAGAGCAGCACCUGCAGCUUCAUGUACGGAGAGCUGACGGACAAGAAGAGCAUCGACAAAGUCCGGCAGACGUUCGACAACUACGAGUCCAACUGCUUCGAGGUCCUGCUCUACAGGAAGAACCGAAGUCCCGUGUGGUUCUACAUGCAAGUGGCUCCCAUCAGGAACGAGAACGACAAGGUGGUUCUGUUCCUCUGCACCUUCAAGGACAUCACCGUCUUCAAGCAGCCCAUCGAGGACGAGACCACUAAAGGAUGGACCAAGUUCGCGCGGCUGACCCGGGCGCUGACCAACAACCGCAACACGCUGCAGCAGCUGGCGCCCAUCAGCCAUCACGAGGUCAGCCACAAGCAGUCCAGACUGGUAGAGGUGCUGCAGCUCAACUCCGACAUCCUCCCUCAGUACAAGCAGGAGGCCCCGAAGACGCCGCCGCACAUCAUCCUUCACUACUGCACCUUCAAGACCACGUGGGACUGGGUCAUCCUCAUCCUCACCUUCUACACGGCCAUCAUGGUGCCCUACAACGUCUCCUUCAAGACCAAGCAGAACAACAUCGUGUGGCUGGUGCUGGACAGCGUGGUGGACGUCAUCUUCCUGGUGGACAUCGUCCUCAACUUCCACACCACCUUCGUGGGGCCCGGUGGAGAAGUCAUCUCCGAUCCCAAGCUCAUCCGCAUGAACUACCUGAAGACGUGGUUCGUCAUCGACCUGCUGUCCUGCCUGCCCUACGACAUCAUCAACGCCUUCGAGAACGUGGAUGAGUUUAUGGAUUGUUCUCUGGUUCUGUUCCUGGCGUCUGCAGGCAGCUCCAAAAGAGACGGAGCCGACGCCGAGGAAAAGGUCUCCCCGGGCAUCAGCAGUCUGUUCAGCUCUCUGAAGGUGGUCCGCCUGCUGCGCCUGGGCCGGGUGGCCAGGAAGCUGGACCACUACCUGGAGUACGGAGCUGCCGUCCUGGUGCUGCUGGUCUGUGUGUUCGGACUGGUGGCCCACUGGCUCGCCUGCAUCUGGUACAGCAUCGGGGACUACGAGGUCAUCGACGAGGCCACCAACACCAUCAAGACAGACAGCUGGCUCUACCAGCUCGCCCUCAGCAUCGGGUCGCCCUACCGCUACAACGCCAGUGGCUCGGGCCAGUGGGAGGGCGGCCCCGGGAAGGACUCGCUCUACAUCACCUCCCUGUACUUCACCAUGACCAGCCUGACCACCAUCGGCUUCGGGAACAUCGCGCCCACCACGGACGGAGAGAAGAUCUUCUCCGUGGCCAUGAUGAUGGUGGGAUCCCUGCUCUACGCCACCAUCUUUGGGAACGUGACCACCAUCUUCCAGCAGAUGUACGCCAACACCAACCGCUACCACGAGAUGCUGAACAACGUGCGGGACUUCCUGAAGCUCUACCAGGUUCCCACGGGCCUGAGCGAGCGCGUCAUGGACUACAUCGUCUCCACCUGGUCCAUGUCCAAGGGCAUCGACACGGAGAAGGUCUUGUCCAUUUGUCCCAAGGACAUGCGAGCCGACAUCUGUGUCCAUCUCAACAGGAAGGUGUUCAACGAACAUCCAGCGUUCCGAUUGGCCAGCGACGGCUGCCUGCGCUCGCUGGCCGUGGAGUUCCAGACCAUCCACUGCGCCCCCGGAGACCUGAUCUUCCACGCCGGGGAGAGCGUGGACACGCUGUGCUUCGUGGUGUCCGGGUCGCUGGAGGUCAUCCAGGACGACGAGGUCAUCGCCAUCUUAGGUAAAGGUGACGUGUUCGGGGACGUCUUCUGGAAGGAGACGACCCUGGCACACGCGUGUGCUAACGUCCGAGCGCUGACCUACUGCGACCUCCACGUCAUCAAGAGGGAGGCGCUGCUCAAGGUGCUGGAGUUCUACACGGCCUUCGCCAACUCCUUCUCCCGCAACCUCUUCCUCACCUGCAACCUGCGCAAGAGGAUCAUUUUCCGCAAGAUCAGUGACGUGAAGAAGGAGGAAGAGGAGCGGCAGCGGGCGAAGAACGAGGUGCAGCUCACCAUCCCGCAGGACCACCCGGUGCGCAAGCUCUUCCAGAAGUUCAAGCAGCAGAAGGAGCUCCGCAGCCAGGGGGCGCCGGCCGCCUCGCAGCUGGACCUGGAGAAGAACCAGCUGCAAGUGGAGCAGCACCAGCACCUGCACCCCCACAGCCUGCAGCUCGGCCACUCCGGCCUGCAGCACUCCCUGCCGCUCAGCCUCCAGCGCCCCCCCGCCUCCAUGCAGAACGGGGCGCCGCUCAGCAGCAGCGUGCUGACGGUGUCGCAGGUCACGCCCAUGCACAGCUCCCUGGCCUACAGCCAUCCCGGUGAACCUGUCGCCAAGCAGAACAACCGUGACAUCAUGGAGCUGCAGCCCAGCGCCGCCGCCGGGGAACCGGCCGUCAGGCUCAAGGUCUCCUCCAGUCCGGUUCUGGCCAAACCGGGCCCGAGGGCCACCGGCUGGAUGCGCCUGAAAAACAACAUGGCCCCGGUGGAGGCCCGGAGGGAGGGGCUCAACAACAACCUGAAGGCUGUUUCUGUGGAGAUGUUGUCUCAGGAGGGCAAAGGUCAGGAGGCACGGGGGGGUGGAGAUGUAGAGGAGGGCGGGGUGUCCAGUAACAACCCGCUCCGCAAGACGGACUCCUGCGACAGCGGCAUCACCAAGAGUGAGCUGCGGAUCGACCGGGCGGGGGAGGCGCGCACGCCGGCGGCGGUCACCCCGCUCCUCCACAGCCCUCUCCCUGGAGGGGCGGGGCCUCCUCACCCGUUCUGCCCCAUCCCGGAGCAGGCCCUGCAGGCGGCGCUGCACGAGACCCGGCUGCAGCUCCGGGAGGACAUCCGGUCCCUGGGGGGGCGUCUGGGCGCCCUGGAGAGCCAGGUCGCUGAGAUCCUCAAGUUGCUGUUGGACAAGCGCCGGCCGUCCACGGGGCCGCCGCCCGCCUCCGCCACGCCUAAAACCAAAAUACUACGUCAGGACAUUUUCACCGUUUCCAGGCCGGUUUCUCCCGACUCGGAGAAGGACGAGGCGCUCUGAA